AACUCAGGGCGCCUGUGACUGUGAGUAACGAAGAACUCUCAUAACAUAAAGGGAAACAACUCUAUCAGACUAUUGGCGGGUGUUUCAUCAUCACUUGUUUCAAGAGAAUUUUGUUUCGGAGACAUACUGUGUUGUUUUUAUGAAGAUUUUGCUGUUUACAUUGUGUACGAGUGUACCGAUCUGGCCUUGUGUAAUGCAGCACCAUCAGAACAGAACAGUUUGUUAAUUUUAGCAGGAUUAGUUUUGUAAACAAUUGGGCCUACAGAGUACAGUUGCCGAGUUGGAAGCACGUGGUUUUUUGGAACCGGGUUUUUCAGACUAUUUGCUUUGUUAAAUCUAUUGUCAACUCAAAAGUCCGCCAAUUGAGUUUUAUUACAAAUCCACAUUUACUGUUGUAAUUCUGCAAAAACUGCCAACAUGUCGGAAACAGCGGGACCAGAGAAAGUGAUGCAAGAAAAAGUGGAACUGAAGAAACAGAUAACUUUAUUUCAAGGAGUAUCAAUUAUUGUUGGUAUCAUUAUAGGAUCAGGGAUUUUCGUGUCGCCGGUGGGUAUUUUAAUGCACACGAAAUCAGUGGGGUCUUCUUUAGUAAUGUGGGCCGUGUGUGGAGUUUAUAACACACUAUGUGCUCUGUGUUACGCUGAACUGGGAGCCUCCAUGCCACAGUCAGGUGGAGAGUAUAUUUAUAUCAAGCGUGCGUUUGGAGACUACCCAGCAUUUGUGUGUCUAUGGAUUAACUUUCUACUGAUUUGCCCUGUGGGUAUAGCAGCAUUGAGCCUCAUAGCAGCGUUGUACAUCCUGCAGCCUUUCUUCCCAGACUGCGAAGUACCUGUGUUAGCUCAACGUCUAAUAGCAAUUUGCCUAAUAUGUUUCCUCAUUGCUGUGAAUAUGAGAAAUGUCAAAUGGGCCACCAGAUUGCAGGUCUUCAUCACCACGAGCAAGCUCAUAGCUCUGGCUAUUAUUAUUAUUAUCGGGUUUAUAUAUUUUGGUAAAGGAAGCACAGAGAAUUUUUCGGACGCUUUCUCUGGAACAGACUACUCUGCAGGAGCUAUGGCUCUCUCAUUCUACUCCGGCUUUUGGGCGUACAGUGGAUGGAGUUACUUGAGUUUUUUGACAGAAGAGUUGGUGAAUCCAAACAGGAAUCUCCCACUGGCUAUUAUGAUAUCGAUGGGCAUUGUGACAUCUGUAUACCUCAUUGCCAAUGUUGCAUAUCUUGCUGUGCUAUCACCUCAGGCCAUGCUGCAGUCAACUGCCGUUGCUGUCACUUUCGCCAGCUACACGAUGGGAGUUAUGGCAUGGAUUAUGCCAAUUCUUAUUGCAGUCUCAGUGUGUGGAACAAUGAAUGGAACGUCUCUUUCUAUGUCUCGGUUAUUCUUCAUUGGUGCACAGAAUAACCACAUGCCACUGUUCAUGUCGAUGAUUCACGCCACGUACCUGACACCAGCAGCUUCACUUCUAGUUAUUCUUAUACUGGUGAUAUGUUUCCAGUCAUCAAAUGAUAUCUGGUUUCUUAUUGAAAUGGAAGGCUUUGGUUUUGCUACUGUCUUAACGAUUGUGUUUGCUGGACAGGCUUAUUUAAGAUGGAAAGAACCCGACCUCCAUAGACCAAUCAAGGUUCCAGUAGCACUUCCAAUAACUUUAAGUGUUAUCACAUUUGCCAUUGUGAUACUAACAUUCUACCAGAAACCUCACGAGAGUAUUAUGGCCCUGCUGUUAGUGGGUGUUGGGACUUUACUGUAUCUCCUAGGAAACCGAUGGACCAAGAAACCAAAGGAGAUUCAGAACAAAAUAGAUUCUAUUAACAAGUUUAUCCAGAAACUGUUGAUGGUUCUACCUCAGGACAACCCAAACAAUGUCAAAUGGGAUUAGGACUACAAAAUGACAAUUUGACAGUUGUAUCUAUUUUUAUAACUAUCACACCCUAUCAUAUCUCUUGUGGCUAUCAUCUACAGCUGUUAAUGUGUGCAUGAGCACUCAGUACAGUAAUUAUUGAUUGGCUGUGCACUUUCCAUAUUUGAAACAAUAAGAAUAAUUUACUUGGUAACAAUAAUCACAAAUUUUGUCUUUUUCUCGUGAUCAAAUGAAAGUUACAACAAAAUAUACCCCAUAUCAGUCAUCAUGUAAAAUGGAUCUUUUUUUAAAAGUCAAUAAUUUCUUAAAAAAGGAAAAGGAAAACUUGAAAGUUACAAAAGAAUAUACCCCAUAUCAGUCAUCAUUUAAAGUAGAUUUAAAAUAUAAAAAAAGUCAAUAAUUUCUUAAAAAAAGAAAUGGAAAACUGUUGAAAGUUACAACAGAAUAUACCCCAUAUCAGUCAUCAUUUAAAGUAGAUUUAAAACAACAAAAAAGUCAAUAAUUUCUUAAAAAAAGAAAAGGAAAACUGUUGAAAGUUACAACAGAAUAUACCCCAUAUCAGUCAUCAUUUAAAGUAGAUUUAAAACAAAAAAAAGUCAAUAAUUUCUUAAAAAAGAAAAGGAAAACUGUUGAAAGUUACAACAGAAUAUACCCCAUAUCAGUCAUCAUUUAAAGUAGAUUUAAAAUAAAAAAACAGUCAAUAAUUUCUUAAAAAAAGAAAUGGAAAACUGUUGAAAGUUACAACAGAAUAUACCCCAUAUCAGUCAUCAUUUAAAGUAGAUUUAAAAUAAAAUAAAAGUCAAUAAUUUCUUAAAAAAAGAAAUGGAAAACUGUUGAAAGUUACAACAGAAUAUACCCCAUAUCAGUCAUCAUUUAAAGUAGAUUUAAAACAAAAAAAAAGUCAACAAUUUCUUAAAAAAAGAAAUGGAAAACUUGAAAGUUACAACAGAUAUCAGUUAUCAUUUAAAAUGGAUUUAAAAAAAAAGAGUCAAUAAUUUCUAUAAAAAGGAAAAGAAAAAUUGUUGUGGAAAUAACAUAUAUGUUAUAUACUGUAAAUGAUACAGUAAAUGAGGCUGGUACAGCAUGUAGAUGUGUUAUUGGUUGUAAUGAGUCUGGCCACUAAGUAUAUUUAAUAAGUUUGGCUUUUACGUUAACCAUAAAUGAUACAGUAAAUGAGACUGGUACAGUAUGUAGUAUGUAGUUAUUGGUUGUAAUAAGUCUGGCCACCAAGUAUAUUUAACGAAUUUGGCUUUUACGUAUAGGCCUACCGUAAAUCUUUGAACAGAAGCCCAGGCUUUUUUUCUCUUUUUUUCAUGACACUCUUGAGACCUGGUCUAUAUUCAAGCCAGGUUAUUGUAUUGUUUUCCAUGCAAAGGUUUCUAACAUGAUCUUAUUGUAAGGUCAUAUUCUAAAUCAGUCUUCCAAACCUGUUUUGUACAUGGAUAAACCUCUUAGCUCAUUGAGAAAUGAAAAAUCCUCCUUCUUUCCUGUUCUUGUCAUGUGGUUGUAAGCUUCGGACAUUAUGAAAUGGAAAUGACAUGUAUAACCUCAUUAACCUGACAAAGCUACAGUAACAGAAGUUGGCCUUUAUAGAAGGCAGGCCUCUAUUCAAAGAUUUCCCGUAUUAUUGUUGUGACAUUGGGUUGUUUUGUUUCUCUCAAACAAGAGGUUGCAUACUAUUGGUAUUUACUAACACAAUUCUUUACAGAUUUUUUUCUCUUUUUUUCAUAAACAGAUAUAGGUGCUAUUUGGAACAUGUCUUUUUUUAAUCAGAUUUAACAGUUACAACUUCGAUUAAAUUUAUCACAUUAGUAAUAUGUACAAUUGCUUGAAAUAUAUAUUUUUUGGGUUCCAUUAUUGAUUCUGCAUUUAGUAAAUGUAUUUCAAUUGUUGUUGUAGAGGACUAGUUGGAAUGGGAAAAAAAUAGUGGGUCAAUCCGUUGACCCAUCACACUCAAGUUUUAAAGGAACAGCUUCUAUAUUAUAUAAUGGAUUUUUGUUUCAUAUUAAAUGUUUUAAAUUUAUCAGUGACAAUUUUGGUUACCACAGCAGCUGUAUUAUAGGACAAAUUAAAUUUACAUGUUUAUUGACCAUUAUUCAAUAUGGUUUCAAAAUCCAUGAAUUUUUAAAACUUAAUUAUGCAAUUAUAGUACAUUAAAGUAGCAUGUUUAUUUGUGCAUUUGCAGACACCGGUAAAAUCCCACACAAUGAAAUAACAUAGUGUGUCCAUUUAUUUGAUGCCGAGUGCUAAUACUGUUUUACCGACCAGUGGCCUAAUUCACAAAGUUCUCUUAGGCUCUGCUAGACAACAAAGCAUCCUCUUUGCAAGUCUUUUAGCAUUGCACUGCAAGAGUUUAGUGAAUUAGGCCCCUUAUUAUGUAACAAUACAUGUAGGUAAGGGAAUGCAUACGGAAAUGUCUCCAGAAACACACAAGUGGAUUUAAAUUGUGUUCGUGUCCAUGCCCGCAUAAGUUGAUCAAGUUGAUUUUGAUCGCAUCAUGCAAAAUUUUUUAAUUUGGUCUUUAUCUUUUCAACAUAGUUUUAUGUUUUCUGUUUUUGCAAAAGGUUUGUUUGUUCAGUGCUGAUGUAUGUAAAUUAAAAUUUGGCAGAACUGUCUUGUGAUUUAAGUAAAUAUAUAUUUGUGGAAUGUGUAAGGUACAGCACUAGAUGGAACUGUCUCAUCUUUGUUUAUUUUAUGACUGUUUUAUUGUGUCGUAUUAUUCUGUUGAUCGUUUUGCUUUUAAUGUAAGAGUUAUAAUGACAUUAUAUAAAAACUAUUUUUAUUUAAUUUUUAUCUGUAAAAUGUAAUACUGUGUAUUAAAUGGAAGAUAAAUAACAACAUAACUGUAAUAUUGGCACCAUCAUGUAUAUAGAUUGUUGUGUUCAUUAUGACAGACAUGUUUGUCACUUUAUUUAUUUUACAUAUCUUAACUUGAUUACAUUAAAAAUAUGAUGAUUGUUUUUAUUAUAUUAUUUUAAAAGAUAUACCGGUAAUAAUUAUUUAAAAUUAUGUCAAAGAGUAUGGAGUUUCAGGGUUAGGGCUAACUUCUUUUUUGUCUAUAGUGGUAUGGUUUGUUUAUGGCACAGUAUUGAGAAAGGGUAGCAGAGUUUCUUCUGUUAUGGUAUAGCAAGACAUUUUGAAAUAUAGGUAGCUUAAAGCAUGAUUUUAUGGCAUCUGAAGCCACAAAUAUUGGUUUUAUUUUUUAAAAACAAUUAUUAAUUUAAAGACAAAAGUUAUAUUGUGAGAAAAUGUCUGCCCACAUUCCUGCUAGCAUAGCCCAGGAGUAAACUUCAGAUGUGACAAAUAAAACAUAUUUAAUCAGUUGAUUACAAUACAAUAUGAUGUUACAGUAUAGUGCUAUAUCAAUACUCAAAUUUACUGUUUAGUUUUAAGUUCUGUCUCGGUACAAAAAAAAGCAUUAAAAUGUACAUACAUUUCACACCUUUUCUUUAUGAAGUGACUUAUUAUUAUUGUUACAAGGUAUCAUAUCAUGCAGUCAGCUCUCUCAUAAUUCUAUUCUUAAUAUGAGAGUAUAAAACCUAUAUCUUACUAAUCUAUUAUUUGAAAUUUUAGAUUAUUAGCUGUUGAAAUAUAUUCAAAUAGUCUUGUAAAUAGAUUGUUAGCUGUUUUAGAUUAUACACCCUAUUAAUUUUAAGAUUUAUGAUGAAAUAACUGUAUGGGUUGACAUACAAAUUUGUUUUUAUCAUUUGCUGAGUAUCUGAACAUAUCGGGCAAGGUUUUAAAAUUUUAUUGUUGUUAACUAUCAGAAGGAUGUAAAUGUUUCCAGGUGACGAGUAAAAUAUACACCUGAAAAUUAAUUAAGCACCAUUGAGUUUUGAACAUGUGGCUUGUACUUCGCAUAUAAUUGUAGCCAUUUCGUUGACAUGGAUACAAAACACUGAAAUUAACGUGUAUAUACAGAGACUAUUGACACGUGGCACUGUCGUUACUUCAGUAUUUAAUGUAUUCUAGAAAAAAACACAGAAUACAUAAAUAUGCAUGAAAAUGUAUGGUAAAUAGCUAUGGAGCUGGAAUCACACUGAUGUGCUUCUCAUACGUGAUUUAUUCAUGCCAUCUCGGUAAAUACCCAGCAGAUACAGAAUAUAUUAAAUCUUUCAGUAUAUAAUUUUUAAACCCAGUCGGCAUGGGCAAUUACUUCUAGGUGCCUUUUAGGCAGUUGUACAAUUCAAGUAGUGCUUAAUUAAUUUUCAGGUGUAUUUUUCCAAAUUGCAAUUCCAGUAUGACUGCAGAUAAGUCUAAAGAAAGGGCCACUUAUCCAGCUGGACUAAUUUAAACUGCUACAUUACAAUUUAAAGUGGAAGGAAAUGUAGGGAUGUCUACUAUAUCUGAUGCAUUUUUCCUUUAAAAAAAUUCAAUUGAUAUCAUCCAAAAUAACUUUAGUUCUGUUCAUGUAGGUAAGAUUGUAAAACUACAUGUUGACUGAUAUACACUUGACUUGAAAAUACACACUGUCCUGACUUAGAAACACACUGUCCUGACUUGAAAACACACACUGUCCUGACUUGGAAACACACACACUGUCCUGACUUGACAAUACACACUGUCCUGACUUGGCAAUACACACUGUCCUGACUUGGCAAUACACACUGUCCUGACUUGAAAAUACACACUAUCCUGACUUGGAAAUUCACACUGUCCUAACUUGGAAACACACACUGUCCUGAGACUUAAAAAUACACUGUCCUGACUUAUGUUAUGUCACAAGAUGAUGAAUUUAUUAUCGUAUUAUAAUUUAUUAAAUAUCUCAAUUUUUCAUUAAUGAUAAUCUGGGUGCCUAUUUUACCUUUUACAUACUAGGACAACCAUAUCUAAAUUAGCCAUAAUCUGUUUUGUGUUUUGUUUUGUUUUGAGUUUUUUAAAUGCUAAACCAUGAUUAUCAAUCUUUUGUUUGCUAUAAGACAUACAAUUUUUUGUAACUAAUGAAUUAAGUUUUUAAAAAUUAUGUAUUGAAGUUUGCUUAUUUUUUGGGUGUUGAACUACAUUUAGGUUAAAAUAGCAUUUGGUGUUUUGCUUUCACUUUUAAUUUUUGGCAAUGCUUGUCUUUAUAUUGUGUUAAUAUUUCAAUCACGGUAGACUCCAUUGCCAUUCUAAGUGGACCAUCAUAAAUGAAGUUGUUUACACUGGUAGUAUAUGUUCCAUCAAAAGUAACACCAGUGAAUGAAAUGAAUGUUUAACGACACCUCAGCGCAAUAAUAUGUCGACUAGAGGAUGUCAAAAAGUAAGACCAAGAUCGGUUGUUUAGUAUUAUAAAAUUAGUGUAUACCACUUGAACCAUGUCAUUUAUUUAGGUGUUUCAUAUUUUGUUUAACUUCUGUUUUACUUUUGUUUCAGUAAUAUUGAUUAUUAUUAAAUAUUAUUUAACUAGGAUACUUUACACUGCAACUUUAUCAGUUUCAUUUUUGUUGACAUACUGUUAAUUAUUUAUAAAUCCAAAGAAUUAAUGUUAUGGCAUAUUGCUUUUGCGUGUUUCAUAGUUAUCAUCAUUAGCAUCUUCACCAUCAUCACCAAAUCCAUAUUGUGGGACGGGGAGGGGAGGGUGGUCACUGAGCUCAUGUGUAAUUUUUUCUGUAUGUCCAAUAUAUUUUCUGCCUUGUGCUAAUUAAAUAGUUAUGUGGAUGGUUAAUAGAGAUGGGCCCAGUUUUAGGAAGUGAUCUUUGUCACUAACUUUUGUAGUAGAACACACUUAGUGAUUUACGGUGAUUUUAGCACUAAGAUUGUUUUGUAAAAGUGAGCCAUGGUCGCUAAAGCAUUAAGCAGGUUUAAUUGUGCAUUUUCUGUGAACACCAAAUUUACUAUUGGCAUUAUUUGCAACAAUAUUAGCAUUUUAAUGUUCAUAACCCAGUCUAUUAUUUGGUGAGUAUGCUCAGUAUCCCAGUAUUUUUCAUUCUCAUCUGUAUAAAAUUCUUGCGAGUGCUUCACAUUGUGGUGAGUUUACUUUGUGUCAAUAACUUACAUUAUACAAUGUAGUUUCAUCACUGUUAGUGUUAUGAUUAAAUAAUGCAUAUGUUUGAUAACAUUCAGUGUUUUUGCUGGUUAAGGUGUUAUUUUUGUUGUUUUGUUUUUUCUCUUCUUUUUUUCUCUUCCUUUUGUUUUAAAGGCAUGUCAAUAUUUUUUGUUGUAUCUUUGUGCAUUUUAUUUACUGUAUGUACAUUGUAUUACAUUUUGUAAGUUGUAUACCCGAAAUGAAACUGAUUUGUAUAGAAAAUGUUAAUUUUAUUUCCCCUUUGCUUAAAACUUGUUUUAGCGGGGUGCAUAUAACUAAGUCAGAUUUCAUGGAUGGCAUGACUAAUACAUAGAAUUCCUAUGUACGCAACGAUUCAAUCAACAUACACAUCAUAGAUACAUCUGAUCCUUGAAAAAAUAAAAAUAAACAGGGGCCUAUUUCACAAAACAUCGUAAGUUUACGUCUGAAACUAGCAGUUAUACCGGCAUACAUUUACAAGUGUUUGGCAUCUAUAUCAUUACAGAAGAUAGAGCAUUUUAAGGCCAAAAAUAAAUGGAAUAUGUGUACUUUUAACUGUAUUUGUUGUACUAUAAUAGUAAUAAAAUUUGUGGUUUAGUCAUAGAUUUACGUUUACGUGGAAAACUAGACUUCCAAUGUUUUGUGAAAUUGGGCCCAGGACUCUACACAUGUUGUUUGGGUGUGUUUAACUACCUUAUUUCAGCACAAAAAUAGUCAUGCUAGUUGUAGUGGCAUACCAUACGUGUAUGAAGCAAAACGAUACUUGGUACACACGAAUUUGUUCUCAUCUUGUCAGACCAAUCUCCUCAGGUGGUAUAAUGGUACUAGCUAGUCUAGCUGAAAUAUUCCUAGUUCCAUUGUUAUAGUAAUUAUUAGUUUUAUUUUUUAAAAUGCUUUUCAAACUUUAUCCCAUUGACCACCUAUAUAUGGUAGCAAGAGGUGCUCAAUUUAUGCCUUUAACAUAUAUUUUGUUCAGAUAUUAUUAUUAGAAAAUAAGGAUGAGCUAUUUUUAUGCAGAUAUCAAUCCAGAAUAUAUUAUAAUUAUGCAGCAUAAAUGUGGCCUCGGUGGUGUAGAAGUUAAGGCAUUGAAUUUAAGGCUAGUAGGUAUUGGGUUCAUACCCUGAUACAUGCACACCUCAGGGGCGGCAUGGUGUAAAAAAUAGUGGUAUGGCUCGUGGUUGCCAGACUCGCCUUUCAAAUGACUUGUAAGGAUAUUUUCACAGAUACAAUAAAUAUAACACACACACACACACACACACACACACACACACACAAAAGUGGUAUGGCCAUGCCCUACCUCUUUGAAAAGUGGUACCGGCCGUACCGUCUGCAUCGCCCUUGCACCUAUAAUGAGUUUUAAUGACUGUUGAGAAGUGUAAGGCAACUACGUUGACGUUGUUCUCACUAACCAUUAGCAAUAUUAACCCACUGUCCUGAACAGGCAUCCUAGAUAGCCUAGGUGUGGUGCCCAGGAGAGUAUGUUUGAAUCUUAAUUAGAUAUAAGCAGAGUGGUUGUUAUGUUUUUAUUUUUUAUUUCAAAAUAAUUAAA